AUGUCUUUCGGAAAGCUCUACACCUACGAGGCUCACAUUCGCGUCCUCCAGGCUAACCCUCGCUCCACGGGCAUUCUGGCUGUCGCCAAGGCCAACGACGUCAAGCUCGACAUCGUCGACACCGACACCAAGAAGCCCACCGCUGAGUACCUGAAGCAGAACAAGCUCGGCAAGGUCCCGACCUUCGUUGGCGCUGACGGCUAUGUCCUCUCUGAGUGCAUUGCCAUCGCCAUCUACAUCACCUCCCAGAACGAGAAGACUACCCUCCUGGGUAAGACCAAGCAGGACUAUGCUUCCAUCCUCAAGUGGAUGUCCUUCUUCAACAGCGAGGUCCUCCCUAACCUCGGCUCUUGGUACAGCCCUCUCCUGGGCAAGGAGCCCUACAACAAGAAGAGUGUCGAGGAGGCUUCCCAGAAGGCUCUGAAGGCCAUCUCCGUUGUUGAGGAGCACCUCCUCUACAACACCUUCCUCGUCGGCGAGCGCAUCACCCUUGCCGAUCUCUUCAGCGUUGGCAUCAUUGCCCGCGGCUUCCAGUACUUCUUCGGCAAGGAGUGGCGCACUGCCCACCCCAACGUUGCCCGGUGGUACGAGACCGUCUACAACCAGCCCAUCUACUCCGCCGUCGCCGCCAAGUUCGAGCUGCUCGACGCCCCCAAGCUGACCAACGUCGCUCCCAAGAAGCCCGAGCAGCCCAAGAAGGAGGCCGCUCCCAAGGCUGCCCCCAAGCCCAAGCCGGCUGCCGAGGAGGAGGAGGAGCCCGCUGCUGCUCCCAAGCCCAAGCACCCGCUUGAGGCCCUGCCCAGAGCCACCUUCCCUCUCGAUGAGUGGAAGCGCUACUACUCCAACCACGAUACCCCUGAAGCCCUGAAGUGGUUCUGGGAGAACAUCAAGUUGGACGAGUACACUCUGUGGAGAGUCAAGUACAAGUACAACGAUGAGCUUACUCUGACUUUCAUGUCCAACAACCUGAUUGGCGGCUUCAACACCCGUCUGGAGGGAUCCCGCAAGUACCUCUUCGGAUGUGCCUCCGUCUACGGCCAGACCAAUGACUCCGUCAUUGAGGGUGCUUUCGUCAUCCGUGGCGAUGACUACAAGCCCGUCUUCGAGGUCGCUCCCGACUACGAGAGCUACGACUUCGAGAAGCUCGACCCCUCCAAGCCCGAGGACAAGGAGUACGUCAACGACCAGUGGACCUGGGAGAAGCCCGUCAUUGUCAACGGCAAGGAGUACCCUCAUGCCGAUGGCAAGGUCUUCAAAUAA